AGGUCAAGCUACUGUAUGACGUGUGGCAUGCUGGCUUAAUCAAUCAGGCCAGGUGACUAGCUUGUUGCAGCUUUACCUGUGAUUUAAUCACCGGUCAUUGUCAUCACAGCUUACCUGGCGGUCAAUGGAGUGACCACAUUGUGCGGCCGGAGUGCAGAAAGUAUUGUUCUAUGUGUGUGUGUGUGUUGGGUGUUCGUGGAAGACCACUGACAUAUGGUUCAGUACAGAUCAUUAACAUUUGCAUUGUGAACAUACAGAGAAAGAAACAGAAUACAAAAACAAUACCCAGUAUCAAGUGUUAAAACUACUCGUCAAUUUGCAUUGCGCAUAACCUGAUAUCUUACGACAGAAUCUCCCAUCAUUGUUAUUUUUAAUGAUUUAUCCAACCUAAUCUGUACGUGUGACGUUUACUUAUUGAGUAUACAUAUAGAUAGGACUGUCGUCAAGUAUUCAUUGUGUUUGGCUAACUGGCCUAAUUGGCGGUCUGGGAAUCGGUUGACUGUGUGAUGUGAAUGAACCACUGCCAGAGAUUGGCCAUGCUUCAUGUGGUCUGCCAGUGAGAAAAUCGCCACUUACCUAACCGUACUGCUGAGCUGACAUCAUGGUGGAAAUAAGCCUCAGUCCAGCUGGGAUAUGACGGAAUCAACUGCUUACUUUUUAUGCCAGACAUUUCAUUCCACUGAGUAUAUAUAGCACCAGCAAUGAGGAAAUCUGUCACCACGCAAUUACUGCUAGUUUAGCUUGGGUCCUGAUAAACCAACUCUGGAUGUGUUCCUCACAAAGACAUAUCACUGCAGAUUAGCAAUUGUGUCUCAUGUUGCCGGUUGCCAAUGAAUGUAACACGAAUGACCAAAGAAUUUUUUCUCAGUAGUAUAAGUAUGGUAUAUUGCUGAUAUAUGACAUUGUAACAUUGCUCUGUGAAUGUCAAUAAUGUUGCCUGUUAUUGGUAUGGUUUCUUCGUGAUAUAUGACAUUUUAAAACUGAUUUGUGAACGUAUAUAAUAUUACCUGUUGCCAUGGAUGCGAUAAAAGUGGCCAAAGACUAUUUUGUGAGUAGUCAGAGUACUUUGCUUAUUGAAAACAGGGAUUUCGGAAGUCGGAAGUUCCUCAGUGUCGGCCUGCCCCGAACGCCCAGUGGUGCGAAGAUCGUGGAAAAAGCUCUCACCAAGAAGGAAAAAUCAGACGUACCAUCCCCACCACCGCCGCCGGACAUCCUCACAAUGAAAUCAGGCAACAAGCAGUGGGUGCACCCCCCAGAGGCCUUACUGAGAGGUCACAUCCUGUACAAUGUCAAGUUUCUUGGAGAGUGUUCAGUUGACCAACCAAAGGGAACGGAUGUCGUUAAGGAAGCCAUUCGCAAAAUGAAGUUUAACAAGCACAUCAAGCGAGCAGAGGGUCACAAGCCACCCAAGGUGGAGCUGACCAUUUCAGCAGACGGCGUCACCGUGCAGGACCCCAAGACAAAGAUGAUAAUGCACCAGUAUCCGCUGCAUCGUAUAUCUUACUGUGCGGACGAUAAAUCAGACAAGCGGAUGUUCACAUUCAUCGCAAAGGGGGCUCAGGCUGCACAGCACAGCUGUUACGUGUUCGACAGUGAGAAAUGCUCUGAAGAAAUAACACUAACAGUGGGGCAGGCCUUUGACUUGGCUUACAGACGUUUUCUAGAAUCAUCCAGCAAAGACAUGGACUUCAAAAAACAGUUUCUUGUUCUACAGAAAAAGGUGCAAACACUGCAGUUUGAGAACGACACUCUCAAAGGAAGGAUUGGUGAAUUGGAGAAGAUGAAGAACCGGUCUGAUGUUGAACAAUACAAGGCUAACAAUCAGAUUUCUGACCUCACCGUGGUAACACUGAACCUGUGUGAAAGCUCGACUGAUGAUGAUGAUGUACAAAACUCAAACUCACAGCCACAGAGACAGACGUCGCUUGUGGGCCGCCGCCUGGAGAAUCUGAUCUUUGAUGAGGAGGAGCCACAGACAAACGGAACUGCGGACAGAAUACGCAGCCAAACUUCAGAAGCCACACCAAUACUAUCACCGCCUCCACCAUCCAGUAAAUCUCGUGGGGUGCUGAUGCCUGGAAAUCGUGUGGGACAACAGAUCACAACAUCACCAGCUAGUCAGCAGCCGCAAGCAGCUGCAUCUUUUAACCCCUUUGCUGCUGCAGGAGCCUCUUCAAGCGACGAUCCGUUCGGAAUGGGAAAAUUUAACCCCUCCACUUCUGACCUUGACCGUGCUAUUAACAAUGUCGACCAAGAGUUGUUAGAUUUACAGACGGGUUUCAGUCGGGGAUUGUCUAUAGGAACAGACGACUUUUCAUUGGAUGACCUGGAUCCACUGAACCAGAAACUUUAGGUCAAGAGGUCACAAAACCUAACGGUCACAGUUCAGCAUAGUCUAUAAUACUCAGAAGGACGUAACAUUUGAAACAUGGCGGCUUGGACUAUGAGAAGAGAAGACUAUGAAAUGUGGACUCCGUAAUGCCACAUCUGUAUUAAUGCAGCUUUUACGUCAAAUAUUGUUAAUAUAUCGUUAGUAGGACACAGCCUUAUUUUCUAGUACUAUUAUUAAUAAUACAUUUGUAUUAAAACAGAAACAGUUGGAUCUCGCUGGGUCGAACUCGGAAAAAUUGAUUACACUGCAACGCUCAAAUCAACAAUGAAGUCCUGAGUUAUACUUAUUUUACACAUUUUAAGAUGGAGGUAAAUUUCUGUGUUACCUGUCGUCAAAUUUUUUUGAUUUUGCACCUGCAAUAGUUGAUGCAGAACCGUGGCUUUUAAAAACAGCUUUUGUUGGUGGUUGGGUUGGGGGAAAGCAGUAAUUACAAUAUCGGUGACUCAUUGUUAAUAUCCAUAAACAGAAGCUCAUUUAUAUUGUCAUCACUGGGAUCAAGGAAACUGCUUAAAUUCAAAUUCAGAGUCAAAACUUCAUUGUGCAUAAAUCAGAGGAUUGUGCUGGUUAUUGAGUGUAUGGAUGUCAUUUUAUUCCACAUGUACUGAAUACACACACUACAGUCCGUCCCAUUCUCCUACAAAAAAUGUUUUUAGUAAAUAAUUUCAGUUUUGUUUGACAUAAGAAGAAUAGUAAAAGUGUUUUGGAAAUAACAAAAAACUACUAUAUUUGUGUUUGAUUUAGAAAACGAUCUGGUUAGAAAUAAAUAACUUGUAGUAAAUUCCAUUGCAUGAAAAAAGGCGUUCCCUGUGGGAUGGACUACAGUUAUAUGCAGUAUUUAAUUUUGUUUAUAUAUUUACGCUAUUUCCGUGUAUUUGACAUAUUUAUAUGAUUCGUUUAGUUAGCAGCAUAAUGUGCAGAUAGCUGUUAAUUAUUAAUGAAAUCAAGCUUUAAAAUUUAAUAUAUUUAUUUGCUAUGUGUAUGUAAGGAAACUUUAAAUACACUGAAUAAGUAGACAGCCUAAAACGGACUGAGGCAAAGCUGAAGAAAUGAAGUGUGUUAUUGGGAGCUGUGCUAACACAGUAGAAAUUACAAAUACAUGUAAUUGUACCAGUGCAUAAGAAAUGGGAGUUACUUAUGUCCUCCAUAAGCAAAUAGAAGUUAACUUUGUAGUUGUAUAAGAAAGUAGAAGUUAAUUGUGUUGCUGCAUAAGAAAAUGGGAGUUAACUUUUUUUGCUGCAUAAGAAAGUAGGAGUUAACUGUUUUUCUGCAUAAAGAAAGUGGGGGUUAAUUGUGUUACAUACUGCAUAAGAAAAUGUAAGUUAAUCAUGUUACUGCAUAAGAAAGUAGGAGUUAAUUGUAUUGCUGCAUAAGAAAGUAGGAGUUAAUUGUAUUGCUGCAUAAGAAAGUAGGAGUUAAUUGUAUUGCUGCAUAAGAAAGUAGGAGUUAAUUGUAUUGCUGCAUAAGAAAGUGGGAGUUAAUUGUAUUGCUGCAUAAGAAAGUAGGAGUUAAUUGUAUUGCUGCAUAAGAAAGUAGGAGUUAAUUGUAUUGCUACAUAAGAAAGUAGGAGUUAAUUGUUUCACUGUAUAAGAAAGUAGGAGUUAAUUGUAUUGCUGCAUAAGAAGUAGGAGUUAAUUGUAUUGCUGCAUAAGAAAGUAGGAGUUAAUUGUAUUGCUGCAUAAGAAAGUAGGAGUUAAUUGUAUUGCUGCAUAAGAAGUAGGAGUUAAUUGUAUUGCUGCAUAAGAAAGUAGGAGUUAAUUGUAUCUGCAUAAGAAAGUGGGAGUUAAUUGUAUUGCUGCAUAAGAAGUAGGAGUUAAUUGUAUUGCUGCAUAAGAAAGUAGAAGUUAAUUGUAUUGCUGCAUAAGAAAGUAACAGUUAAUUGUAUUGCUGCAUAAGAAAGUAACAGUUAAUUGUAUUGCUACAUAAGAAAGUAGGAGUUAAUUGUAUUGCUGCAUAAGAAAGUAGGAGUUAAUUGUAUUGCUACAUAAGAAAGUAGGAGUUAAUUGUAUCUGCAUAAGAAAGUAGGAGUUAAUUGUAUUGCUGCAUAAGAAAGUAGGAGUUAAUUGUAUUGCUGCAUAAGAAGUAGGAGUUAAUUGUAUUGCUGCAUAAGAAGUAGGAGUUAAUUGUAUUGCUACAUAAGAAAGUAGGAGUUAAUUGUAUUGCUGCAUAAGAAAGUAGGAGUUAAUUGUAUUGCUGCAUAAGAAAGUAGGAGUUAAUUGUAUUGCUGCAUAAGAAGUAGGAGUUAAUUGUAUUGCUGCAUAAGAAAGUAGGAGUUAAUUGUAUCUGCAUAAGAAAGUGGGAGUUAAUUGUAUUGCUGCAUAAGAAGUAGGAGUUAAUUGUAUUGCUGCAUAAGAAAGUAGAAGUUAAUUGUAUUGCUGCAUAAGAAAGUAACAGUUAAUUGUAUUGCUGCAUAAGAAAGUAACAGUUAAUUGUAUUGCUACAUAAGAAAGUAGGAGUUAAUUGUAUUGCUGCAUAAGAAAGUAGGAGUUAAUUGUAUUGCUACAUAAGAAAGUAGGAGUUAAUUGUUUCACUGUAUAAGAAAGUAGGAGUUAACUGUUUUGCUGCUACAUAAGAAAGUAGGAGUUACAUGUAAUUGUUUUACUGUAAUGGGAGUUAUUUAUGUUACUCUAACAGGGUACAUCUCCCAAAGUGUAAUAUUAUCAGUGUCUUCUAGUAUUUACAUAUCUGUCUGUGUAUCUAGCUGUGUAUUGUGUAUGUUAUAUGUCUUGACAGUUGCUCAUAAUCUUUUGUAAUCUAUCAAAAUAUCAGCUUUUUAAAAAUAAAAUAUUUGAUAUUUUGUUUAACACAUGAUGUUUAUACUCAGCUUAAUAUUCAGUAUUAAAUAUUAACACAAUCAUUAUUAAGGGUCAAGGUCACUUUCAUGUCCACAAAUAAUUCAGAUAUACCACAAAAUAAAAGAAAUCGGUACUGAAUAUAUAAUAAGUAAGUUUUAUGAAUAUUUAUUUUUGACUGCAUAUCUCACUUCACACGGUAAAGUAUGUGUGCACUGUAUAUUUCUAUACAAUGUGUUAUAAUAUACAGAUGUUGACUACAUAAUUAUACAUUAUAAUGAAUGUGUACUAAUCGUUGUAGACAAUGAAACAGAUGUAUGCGUUGUCAAAAAUGUACACUGCAGUAUAAUGAAUAUAUAUACCCGGUACUCAAGAACAAAAGUUUAGCAAAUAUCUUUUAUGACAUGUAAAUUUGCCAUGGUUGAAUAAACUUAAAAGAAAACCAAGCUCUCCUGUUGUUUUAAGGCUAAGGUUGAUGAAUUUAUGUUGGUAAACAUUUCGGACGUGAAUACUAAUUAAUAAAAAUAGGUUAAUUUAUAAAUGUUAUGCCAUUUCUUUUAUCAUUAGCUAAACUUUCGUUGUUGAGUAAUAUAUAUAUACAUAUUGCAUAAACGUUGGGUUUUUUAGUUUUUUUAUUCAUAAUGUAGCAGCAAUUGACAGCAACCAACAAAAAGAAGGGUCAUAGGCUCACAACACAUAGCUCAUACACAUUUGCAGUAUUUGUAAUUACCGACAAAUAAAACAUGUCACAGGAAAAAAAAAAAUUGUCUAGAUCAGUCUAGAUGUCUAGCUUAUUUGUGGGAGUUGCUGUAUAGAUGCAAUUACGGUUGGUUCGCGUACUGUACAUAUACUAAUUCUAUACAUUGAAAAACAAAUUAUACAUUAUGUAUUUCAUACAUCAUAAUAAAUGUAUGAUUGUAUUAUUAUGAAUGUAUACGAAGUAUAUACAUUUAAAGAAAUGUAUACAUUGUAAUGAAUGUUUAUAAGUAUACAUUACAUGUAUAUCAGUUAUGUAAUGUAAUGAUGUAUUAAGUAAUUAUGUCCAUGGAAACGAUGUGUUAUGUAAAUGUGUACAUUGUGUUUGGACAGUUAGAUUCUGUGUAAGCUUUGUGUAUAAAUUUAUGCAAUCCUAUUUUUGUAAUGAAAUAUUUGUGUGUGCUUUGUCUUGCUUUUAUAAGAUUAUAAUUUACAGGAACUUUAUUUAGCAUUUUAGACACUUUUGCUAAAUUUAUUUAUGCAACAGGGAGCAGUAAUUGUAUGCAAAAUGUAUAGUCUCCCAAGUUCUAGACGUGAAAUUUUUGCAAAUUGUAGAGAAAAAAGAAGAGAAAAAUAAAAGAGAGAAAACCAAUGUUUUCCGAAAUCAUCAAAUGCUCAAUUCAGGUUCAUGAAAAAUUCAGUGAGUAACAUUACAUUUUAUGUGCAUGCUUUUCACAAACACUUGGAAUCACCGUUUAAAAGGUGGUUCAUGAGCGCUGCACUACAUGGUAAAAAUGUCCAUUGAACUCCUUCUUGAGCAGGUUGAAAUCUGUCGUGUGUUUGGACAGACAGCCACAAUAGCGUGUUUGAACCUUAAGUGGAUAGAAGCACAAAAAGUUAAAUAAAGAUGUGCACUAUAUUUGGAUGUAUUGUAGGAAUAUGUGACAUUCCAGCUGAAAUUCAGUUUUAUAAAAACAACAAAUUAACAUGUUUUCUUGAUUAUCAAUUAUAUUUAUUUCCCUUUUUUUCAUGUCUCAAUGGCCAAGUUAGGGUAGUUACUGUUUGAAAUGAAUGCAUUUUAUGGCUAAUAUGGGUUUUUUAAAUGUGCACUGUAUUUGGAAGCAUUAUAGGAAUAUGCGACAUUUUAACUGAAAUUAAUUUUUAUAAAAACAACAAAUUAA